CUUUAUUAUAGUAUGGUUCAAAAACACUAUAGUAAAUUAAAGUAUUUUUUCAGUAUUCCAAGUAUUUCAACUCUAGUAUUCCAAGACUAAGUGAACACAAAAACGAAAGUUUUUUCCCCUCAAAAACAAGAUAAUUAUUGAUCCCACCUCUACAACAGCCCAGAAGGCGGCGGCAUGCACUCAGUAAUGCGAACCGCCAAUAAACCAAAGAAGAAGAAGAAAAAGAAGAGCAACAACAACACGCGCUUCAAAGUUGUUUGUACAUCCACCAAAUCUAACGAACGUAUUUUAAAAAUGAGCUAGCUCAGUAUAGGCACUUUUACUGUGUUGUAUUAGUACGCGAGUUUCAUUGCAUAUAAUCUCCUCAUCAUAAUGUGGCGAAGAUGCGUUUGAAAACAAGCAGAAAUAACUCCAUUAAACAACGGAGAUAGAUGUAGUACAUACGUUUGCAAUUCAGGCAUACUGUUAUAACGAUGGAGUUUAUUAAAGAGGAAAGUGAAGACAUGAGUUAUUCUGAGCCAUGCAGAGUGAAAGAUGAAGAUUCUGAGGAACAAAGAGGCUUAAUGAAAGUGAAAGAAGAAAGAGAAGAACCGAAUGACCUUGACGACAAGCACCAUUACUAUCAGAAUUCUUCUAAUUUCAAUACUGAAGAAAAAUCUUUAAGUUGCUUACAGACUGACAGGCAUUUGAACCAAGAAAAGCCAGAACGAAAAGAAGCCAAAAGAUCAUUCACUUGUUCAGAGUGUGCAAGGAUUUUCACUCAAAAAAGAUUCCUGACGAGGCACUUAAGAGUUCACACUGGAGAGAAGCCUUUCACAUGCGUUCAGUGUAGGAAAAGUUUCACACGCAAAGAAAGGCUUCAUAUGCACAUGAGAAUUCACAAUGGAGAGAAGCCGUUCACAUGCCCUCAGUGUGGAAAGUGCUUCAGAGAGAAAAGGAUCCUUAAGAAUCACAUAAGAGUUCACACUGGAGAAAAGCCAUUCACGUGUCUUCAGUGUGGAAAGAGCUUCACACAGAAAGUAAACCUGAACACUCACAUGAGAAUUCACACUGGAGAGAAGCCGUUUGCAUGCCAUCAUUGUGGAAAGAGUUUUGCUUGCAAAGGAAACCUUACUAUGCAUGUGCGAAUUCACACCGGAGAGAAGCCUUUCAAAUGUCAGCAGUGUGGAGUGAGUUUUACAGAGAAGAAAAUCCUUAAGAAUCACAUUAGAAUUCACACUGGAGAGAAGCCCUUCACGUGCCUUCAGUGUGGAAAGGCUUGCACGCAGAAAGGUAACCUGAGGAUUCAUAUGAGAGUUCACACCCGAGAGAAGCCUUUCACCUGCCAUCAAUGUGGAAACAACUUCAAAUGUAAAGCAAGCUUUAAUUUGCACAUGCGAAUUCAUACUCAGGAGAAACCUUUCACAUGCCUUCAAUGUGGAAAAAGGUUUUCGCAGAAAUCGCACCUGAAGAUUCACAUGGUAGUUCACACUGGAGAGAAGCCUUUCAUGUGCCAGCAGUGCGGGAAAGGUUUUAAACGUAAAGAAAGUUUUAACGUGCACAUGCGGAUUCACACUGGAGAGCGGCCUUAUGCGUGUGAUCAGUGUGGAAAGAGUUUCAUACAGGUAGUCAGUCUUAAAAGUCAUCUGUGCUUUAAAUCCCCAUCAGCCCUGAAAAAACAACUGAAGAUGAAUGCGAAUGAGAAGCAUCAGGAAACGCAUAAGACUGUAAACGCUCACGAGUGCUCUGAGUGUGGUGAGGCCUUCGCUAAAGCUCGUGAAUUGAGAAUGCACCAAAGAAAUCACAAAGAAGAACAACCCUACAAGUGCUCAGAAUCCCUGAAAACAAAUGAGCGAGUGCACACUGCAGAGAAGCCGUACCACUGCCUUUCAUGUGGGAAGAGGUUCAGCUCCUCCAGAAAUCUACAGACUCAUAGAAAAAUACUCUGCUCACUAGGCAAAGAAGUGGAAACUGUGUAAAUGGUAUGACAUUUAAAGUAACACCCAAAAAUGAGGGCCAGUAAUAAAGUAAGUAGAUCAUUGGUUCAUAAACCUAGGUAUGAUAUUGAAAAAUGCUACUAUUUUCUACACUCAAAUAUUUAGGCACAAUAUUAAGAUUUACGUAUUUGAAUUGCAUAUAAGAUUUCCAUCCAAUUUGAUGGGGGAUUUUGAUCUAAUUGACUUGAGAAAUUCAAAGCUCACAGGGAGACCUAUCUCUAGUCUCUAAUUAUAGUCUCUUUGAUUCAUAUUUUACUAAGAAUGAAUAAGAAAAAAUAAGAAUAUUGUUCAAAAUUCUAAUUGUGUAAAAAUCUUUCAUUUUUUUUUUGUUUUGGGGAAAAGACCAUUAGCUUUUACUUGAGGAAGAGUUGUGUGUGUUCUGUCUCUUUCUCUGUCCUUUAUAGGAUUUGGCCUGGCGGCAGCAAGGUGAGAGACGAAACAACUGUGCAGGGGUUGAAAGGCCCAUGUGAGAGGAAAGAACUAUGAAUAUGCUGUUGUUGUGACAUUCCGAACUGAAAGACUCUUUUACAAAUUGACAAUUGAUGUACAAACAUGAAGGCCAUGUUGGAGAUUUUCCAAGUUUAUCUAUGUUUUAAUCAAUCAGAAUCUUGUGCGCACUUGCGUAAAUCACUGAUACCUGGCUGCUAUAAGUUGCACGGUCGGUUAUGCCCAUUGAGUGACAGCAUUGGUUUUAAGCGUGAAUGCUGGCGAAAAACACAUUAAAAAUGGGAAAGAGCUUUUGUGCGAUUACACAGUAGAUUUAACAGAGGUAUAUUUUUACAGACUGCCAAAAGCUAAAGAAAAGAGAAGCAAAUUGAUUGUUGCAAUUCACAGAAACAACUGGACCCAAGGCAGCCAAAUGUGGAUUUGCAGUUAUUUUGUCAAUAUGUUGAAUUUUGGGGUAAAAUCAUACCAUAUAUACAAUAUUGUGUUGGUAUAUAUUGUAUUGACAACACAUCAGUUAAAUAUUGGCAGGCUCUUUUGCCACUCAAUCCGGCUGAGGAGCGGGUUCUGGCAGGAAAGUGACGUCAAUGCGUACCCUCUAUUGCUGUAUUCAGUUGUAAAGCAGAAGCGGCCUACAAACUCCUUGAUGAACGCUAAAACUGACUCCUGCUCUUGACAUCGCAAACAACUUUCUUUUAAGUAAAACAUUAUUUGAUUGUUUGAAACCUC